AUGGAAUUCUUCAAUACGCAAUGGAGUAUUGCUCUCUUGGUAGUAUUCUUCAUUUUAUUGGCUUUCAUGCACAGAUAUGAUAUCAUCAAUACAAUUAUAUCAAACGUGAUUUACCCAGUCACAAAUCAUCGAGGACAAACGAUCCAGGGUCCCAAGUGGCAGUCAAUCAAUGGCCAAUGCACCGAGAAAUUUCUCAACGGACGAAAAGUCAGCCGAGCGUGCAGUCAAUAUGGGUCGGUCUAUCGAAUUUGGUCAGGCUGUACUCCUGAAAUUGUUCUGACUACACCCGAAGACCUGAAACAGUUCCAAUCCGACUCUGCGUUGCACAAAAAAGCACCUUCUAGCAAUGGAGGGUGGUUUUUCCAUCAAAUAUUGGGAGACUGUAUGGGCUUGAUAAACGGGGAUCGUUGGCAAAACAUCCGAGCUCAAUUCCAUCCUCACUUCUCGCAUGGCUCGGUCGCCAAAUCUUGGGGAUUUCUUCAGGAUUUCACCGGCGAUUAUUUUGACAAGCUGGCAGCCGAGACCAAACAAUCCGAGCUGCGACCCGUUACUUCUUUCUCUACUUUCCCGUUCUUUGCUACUGCGGAGUAUCUUUAUGGACCUCUGACGAAAACAGAAAGGGGGGAGCUUUGGCUUCUGGGGCAGCGGAGCCUGGCCCUCAUGGGCUGCGUCUUGGCAGGCGGAGUAUAUCGAUCCCGACUGUGUCGCUGGUUGAAGCCAGCACACUACCGACAACUCACAUCUUUCGAAAAGGAUUGGAUCCAUUUCAACCGAGCAAUCGUUGAAACGAGAAAAGGUUGGAGUGGUCCCCUGCCCCCAGUCAUGGAGGCAUGGAAGGCCGUGGAUGAGGGUACAAUCACAAAGAAAGAGAUGGUUCAAACUUUGAGCGAAGUGCUAUUUGCAAAUCUUGACGUAUCAACAAAUGUCUUGAGCUGGCUGAUCACGUUCCUUGCCGAAGAUACAGCUAUACAGCAACAGCUAAGACAAGAGAUAACAUCGAACGCCGAAUCCUCUGAAGAGCUUUGUAAAAGAAACGAUUCUCUACUUCAUCUGUGUUUCCUGGAAUCUCUUCGACUUCGGCCAUUUACCGUCUUCACAAUCCCGGAAUAUUCACCCCAAACAAAAGUACUUGGAGACUUCACAAUCCCAGCAAAUACAAGCGUUGUGGUCGACACCCUGGCAAUCAAUCACAAUCCCCAUUUCUGGGGAGACGACAGUCACCAGUUCAGGCCUUGGAGGCUGAAAGGUAUAUCUACUACUAAUCUUCGAUACAACCUGUUCACUUUCGGGUUUGGUACAAGAAAGUGCCUCGGGAAGCACUUUGCGGAAGCAAUGAUGAAGAAAUUUGUCUGCGAGUUACUUUCUCGGUAUGAGAUUCGAGUUCCAAAGAAGGGUAACCAUGACUUGGGUUCACAAAAGAUACAAGCGACAUGGGUGCCUCUCUCUAACAUAGGAAUAGCUUUAAUUCCGGUCAAAAAUGGUCCAGAUCCCAGUCUUCUGCAAUUCGACUCCUACGUUGGCGAGUCCUGGGUAGCCGCAAAGAGUGGCAAGCGCUUUGAAGUCCUCGACCCCGGCACCGACAAGCCAUGGGCCAGCUGUCCUGCUAACUCUGCUGAAGACGUUUCCGCAGCCGUUGAGACUGCCCACGCCGCAUUCGAGAAAUACCGCAAGAUCAAUCCUCGCCAGAGAGCCAAAUGGCUCCUCAAAUGGCACGAUCUGACUCUCGCCGCGCGCGAGGACUUGGCUCAGAUCGUGACCCACGAGACGGGAAAACCGUUGGCUGAAGCAUAUGGCGAGAUUGACUACUCACUGGGAUUCUUGUGGUUCUUCUCUGGGGAAUGCGAGCGAAUCCAAGGCACCGUCUCGCAGGCUGCGGCUCCCAACCGCCGCUUGUUCACAGUUAAAGCGCCCAUCGGAGUGGCGGCAGCGUUGACUCCCUGGAACUUCCCUGUUGCUAUGGUACUACGAAAGGCGGGCGCCGCUCUGGCUGCUGGAUGUACUAUGGUCGUGAAGCCUAGUCCCGAGACACCAAUCUCCUCACUUGCUCUGGCGGUGCUGGCUUCCCGAGCCGGAUUCCCCCCAGGCUGUAUUAACAUCUUGACCACUGAUCUUGACAACACCCCAAUCCUGAGUGAGACCCUGAUCAAGCACCCACUCAUUAAAAAAGUGUCCUUCACCGGCUCCACACGGGUCGGAAAAUUGGUAGCGUCACACUGCGCCCAGGGAUUGAAGAAGGUGACCCUCGAGCUGGGCGGCAAUUGUCCAUUCAUCGUUUUCGAUGAUGCCAAUCUCGACCAAGCACUCGAGCAACUGAUGGCUCUCAAAUGGCGACACGCCGGUCAGGCCUGUAUCACCGCCAACCGAAUCUAUGUGCAAGCAGGAAUCUUCGACCGCUUUGCAGCGCUGCUGAAGGAGCGCACUGCUGCGCUCGUUGUCGGCCACGGCACAGCCCCUGACACGACCAUGGGACCCCUCACGACUCCCCGAAGCAUCGAAAAAGCCACGGCUCAAGUUGAGGAUGCUCGUCGUCUCGGUGCCGACGUCCUCUUGGGUGGUAACGCUCUCGCCUCCAAACCGGGCUAUUUCUUCGAGCCGACUAUUCUCUCUGGCAUGACGGAAGAGAUGCUAAUCUCGAAGGAAGAAUCCUUCGCCCCUAUUGCGGCGCUGUACCGAUUCGAGACAGAGGAUGAAGCAGUCAAAUUGGCCAAUGACACCAGCAUGGGUUUGGCUAGUUAUGCGUUCACCAAGAACAUCGAUCGCAUGUGGCGUCUGUUGGAGACCUUGGAGGCAGGCAUGAUUGGAAUGAACACAGGCAACCAAUCUGCUGCUGAGUCGCCAUUCGGUGGCAUUAAGGAGUCUGGAUAUGGAAAGGAGAGUGGAAAGGAUGUGGCUGUCAAUGAGUAUUUGAUCACCAAGACGGGAACUCUGACGCUCGAGGGACACUAUUGA